AUGGCGUCUUCAGUUGUACGGAUGCGAACGCUUGGGACAGCGCGUCAAGCGCGCCACUUCAGCUGCACCGCGCGCCGAGGCGCCGCAGAAGUGAAAAGCCUAGGUGUCAUCGGCGCCGGUCAGAUGGGUCUGGGCAUCGCCUUGGUUGCUGCCCAGAAAGCUCAGGUUCCCGUCACGUUGAUUGACACAUCCGACAAGGCAUUGAGCAGGGGACUCGCAUUUGCAGAGAAGCUUCUUGCAAAGGAUGUGUCCAAGUCUCGGCUCACCCAGCAACAGGCUGACCAGGCCCGCGCUCUAUUGAAGCCAAGCAUCAAGAUGGAAGAUCUUUCAUCUGUCGACUUUGUCAUCGAAGCGGUUCCUGAAAUUCCCAAGCUCAAGUUGGAAAUUUUUAGCAGCCUCGCGAAAAUCUGCCCAGAUCAUGCCAUUCUCGCUACAAACACCUCGUCUAUUUCCAUCACCAAAAUCGCAGCCGCCACCACCGCCGACCCCGCGGACACGUCGGCCUCUUCCCGUGUCAUUUCGACUCACUUCAUGAACCCUGUACCCGUGCAGAAGGGUGUCGAGAUAAUUAGUGGUCUUCAGACGAGCAAGGAAACGGUUGAGACCGCCGUCGAGUUUUGCAAGAAACUCGACAAGGUUCCCUCGAUAUCCGCUGACACACCCGGGUUUCUGGCAAACCGCAUUCUUAUGCCGUAUAUCAACGAGGCCGUAAUCUGCCUUGAGACUGGCGUCGGGGACCGGGACUCAAUUGACGCCAUCAUGAAAAAUGGAACCAAUGUCCCCAUGGGCCCUCUCCGACUUGCCGACUUUAUUGGGCUGGACACCUGUUUGGCCAUUAUGAAGGUCUUGCAUACCGAGACUGGCGAUUCAAAAUACCGCCCUAGUGUCCUGCUUGGGAAGAUGGUGGACGCAGGCUGGCUGGGCAAGAAGAGUGGAAAAGGCUUCUACGACUACUGA